UUCAACAACUUCCUGUUUGAAUCAAAACAAAUAUUUGAGGUUUCAAGGCCAUAUUUUCUGAUAGUGCGCACGAUUGUUCAACGUGUUGACAUCACUUAAGUUGCUAAAAUCUUGAACGUAUAAACAAUGAAGAGCAUGAAAUUGCUAGCGAUACUUCCAGGGAAUUGUAUUCAAAGCCUAUCAAAGAACUUUUCCACAGGACCGGCGUCCUUGCAGCGACACUUUAAAAUUCUUGUUGUUGGUGCCGGCGCCGGUGGAUGUUCCGUUGCAAACAAAUUUGCGCAUCACGUUGGUGGUGAGAAAGUUGGAGUUAUUGAACCUAAUGAUGAGCAUUACUACCAACCAAUGUGGACACUUGUUGGGGGUGGUGUCAAGAAGUUACAAGAUUCUGUACAGAAGAUGUCUAAGUUACUACCGAAAAAAGGAACGUGGAUGAAAACAAAAGCAGUGGCCUUUGACCCCGAAAAAUGUACAGUAACUACAGCAGAGGGCGAAGAGGUUAAAUAUGAAUAUCUUAUAGUAGCAACAGGCUUACAGCUGAAUUACAACAAGAUUAAAGGUCUACCAGAAGCUUUUGACACUGACCCUACAGUGUGCUCUAACUAUGAUUAUAACUACGUACAGAAAACAUGGCCAGCCAUUCAGAACUUUAAAGGAGGCAAUGCUAUCUUUACUUUCCCUAACACACCUAUAAAAUGUGCAGGAGCACCACAAAAAAUAAUGUAUUUAGCUGAAGACUGGUGGAGAAAGAAUGGUAUGAGAGAAAAAGCCAAUGUUAUAUUUAAUAGCUCAUUGGGUGUGAUCUUUGGUGUAAAGAAAUAUGCCAACAGUUUAAAUAAAGUGAUAGAAAGUCGAGGUAUGAAAGUUAACUACAAGCGAAAUUUAAUAGAAGUCCGUCCAGAAACAAGGGAAGCUAUUUUCCAAAACUUAGACAGUCCAACAGGAGAAACAGAAACAUUUAAGUAUGAAUUUCUCCAUGUGACUCCACCGAUGUCCACACCUGAUGUAGUGAGAGAUAGUCCACUGGUAGAUGCCGCUGGUUUUGUGGAUGUUGAUAAAAACACGUUACAACAUAAGAAAUACUCCAAUAUAUUUGGUAUUGGUGAUUGCACCAACGCUCCUACCUCAAAGACUGCUGCUGCAGCAGCUGCACAGUGUGGGAUUCUAGAGACAAAUCUACGAGCUGUGAUGGCCAACAAACCAAUGACUGCACAGUAUGAUGGCUACACAUCCUGUCCAUUAAUCACAGCAAGAGGUAAAUGUAUUCUAGCUGAGUUUGAUUUUGACGGUAACCCCCUGGAAACCUUCCCAAUAAACCAGGGGAAGGAGAGGAUGACCAUGUAUCAUAUGAAGAAAGAUGUAAUGCCUCAGAUCUACUGGCAUAUGAUGAUGAAUGGGCAUUGGAAUGGGCCUGGUGUUUAUAGAAAGUUAAUGCACUUGGGAAUGGAUGGUCCAGAAAAACAGGCAGCCUCUGCUUAGGAUGGAAGAGACUAUAUGACGUUUGGAGAAGAAUUUUGAGAAAAACAAUCAAGUUUAUUCUUCUGUGAUUAAAUACAGAUUGAUACAAACACUUUGAAGUGAUUUUAAGCAUAUUUUAUCAUUGAAAAUAACAAAUGUUGAUAUCAUUUUGAACAAUAAAAUAUAUUAAAAAAAAGCUCCAUCACUUUGGAGUGAUGAGUGCUUACUAAACCAAAAUCACAAAAGUUGUAUUUUUGUAUUUAAUGAUAUUGAUGUUCUUUUAUUGUUGAAUUAGAGAAAGUUUUCUUACUUUAUGUCCCAAAAAUAGAUUCGCUUGAAUCCUACCUCCUGUUUAAAAGGUUAGGGUAGCUUUUUUAAGAACUAUUUUGUAUACACUACUACCUGACUACCUGUUUGGAACAUUUCUAAACUUUAAAUAUCUGUUAAAAUGUGUUAGAGUAGUCAUGAAUAUUUAGUAAAGUUUAGGAGACAGGAAAAGAAACUAUUUUUAUUAGCUUUAAAAAGAAAUGCAGGCCAGUUUUAUAAAUUGUGUUACACCUUAUUAUUGUUUUGUAUAAUGAUUAGAGUGUUAUGAAUUUACAGUAUUUAAGAUUGAUUGAGUAGAAUGUUUAUAAAGUUUUUUUUACAGAAAAACUACACACUGCAGGUUUAUAUAUAAUUAUUUUGUAUGUUUUGUCUUUUUGUAUAGGACUAUAUUAAAGUGUAAAUAUUCUACUUUUAAACAAAUGUUAAAACUGCAGUAAAAUGUAAAUUGAACUAGUUUGAAAGUCUAUGUAUAUUAAGUAUUGUCUAACCAGAUUUUUGUCAAGCUGAAUAAUCUGUUAUUGUGAUUAGGAAUUAUCGAUGUUUGUAAGAUUUACAUGGAUUUGUUUUGAACAAGUCAUCCUGAGCUGAAAUAUUAAGGAGAUACUCUGAUUUUCAUAACCAUCAAUUUUCAUGGAUUAAGGAAAAUUUACAUUUUCAUGGAUAUUUAUUUCAUGAUUUUGCUAAUGUGUGCAAACAAACCCUAUAGUAAAUUUGUUGAACAUUAAAGGGGGUCUCAUUGGGGGGUUCCGAUCCCGGAUCCCACUUACUAUUUUGUCAGAUUCCUGUAUCCCGCUUACACUUUGUACGUAAGCAAUUCUCAUUUUUUUGUCAUUUCCAGGGUCCCGCUAGACCUCAUUUCCCGUUUUCAAGACACAAUAAUUUGACUUUCAUGCAUCACGCUUUGCUUGUACCCACAAAUCCCAUGAAAAUUAGCAUCCAAUGAACAAUGAUCAUGAUACUGUGAUUUUCUCACAUUCCCACAUUCCUAAAGAUUUUGCCCACUUUUUGCUUAUCUGAAAACCCCCUCAGGUUCCUCAAUUAAAUGAAUUUUUGUUUCACAAUUUUUUCCUGCAUCAGGAAGUUAAUUAAAAAUUUGUUUUAUCAAAGGUUGUCAACAUUAAAAAACAAAAUAUAUUAAUUAAUUAAACUUUUAAUUGUUGCAUGCAAUUUGUUGUGUGUUUGAUUUGUUUUAACAGCACAAUUUCAAAGUUUUUACCCAAUGAGUUAUUUCAAUUAAUACACUUCUUCCAAAGUCAUGAAAAUGCGUUUAUUUUGUUUUUGUUUAGUUCAUGUUGGUUAUUUAUUAAAGACAACAUGCUUGUUAUUUGUUAAGU